UCACCUGGGCUGCAGUUUUGGGCUGCGCCAAUGGCUUUGGCCAAGUGGGCGGGGCUGGCGGUGACUGCGCUUCUGUCAGGUAUUGGCCGCAGCCCUCGGCUGCAAUGCCGCCUCGGCGUGCCAAAGGAGAGCCACCUGGCCAAGCUGCGAAGGGAUCACCGCUGGAGUUUCGAGGAGUUGCUGAGCCGCAGCCGCGCCGCAGGUGGGCCUCAGACCAUGGUACUCAUCGACGGGCCCUUGUACGCCUCCAACGUGGGCUGCGUGCUGCGCCAGGCUGCGGUGCUGCAGCCGCCGGGCGCGGAGGACGCCCUGUCGGCGCUGCUGCUGGCAGCAUCUGAGCCGUCGCGGCUCACACACACCGCAGUCUUCCCCUCGGAGCGGUUCCUGAAGAACGCGGUGCGGAUCUCCCUGGCGGAGAGACAGCUCCUCCCGCAGCGGACGCGCAUGGUCACGCUGCCGGAGCCGGAGCAGGCGACGAUGGCCCUGGAGGCCUUGCGACGGGAAGGCUUUGUUCUGGUGGCCCUCGAGAACCUCGAGGCCUGCGACGGCGAGUCAGAGCCUUUGGCGCUUUGGGCGGCUCCGCUCAGCGCGGAGCGGGUCCUCUUCGUGGCUGGGGGCGAGAACCACUCCUUGCGUCCCGAGCUCUUGGCGCUCUGCGAUGUCCAGUGCUUCAUCCCAUCUGCAAGCUGCCCACUGACACCUGGCACGGGGUGGGAUGGUGAUGAGACGCACAAUCCCAGCCUCAACCUGGCGCAUGCGGUCGUCAUCGCACUCUACGAGCGCCGCCGGCAACUCUGCAGCUGAGCGUGGCCCAUGACGUCCAGGAUCUGAGCGAGCUCACCCGCGCGUUUGCGCCGGGCUCGCCCCCCGAUUGUACACGAGCUCACCCGAAGCUCAACGAAGCUUCGGAAUUCCUCAGUUCAGGUUGAUGGUAGAUAGGAAUUGGCGCAGAAGAGGCAUCUCCGGCAAACCUGGUCGCUGGUUGCGGCGCCUGCCAUCGAUUUAGCGGGAA